AUGGUGUUAAGCCUUCACAGUGUCACCCAGCUCCUCUCAGGCGGAACCAUGCCCGUUAUCGGGCUCGGGGUCUACCUGAACGAUGAGUGCGCAGAUGCUUGUCAAGUUGCCUUGGAAGAGGGGUACAGGAUGAUUGACUCAGCGAGGUACUACAUGAACGAAGCUCAAGUAGGGGCGGGUGUCCGACGAAGUGGAAUCCCCCGCGAGCAUAUAUUCAUUACCUCAAAGAUCUACCACUUCGACUUCGGUUAUGCGAGGGCCCGCGAAUGUAUUCAGGAAUCAGUGGACCAGCUUGGUUUGGCUUAUUACGACUUGUACUUGAUCCACUCCCCGGUCACUGGGAAGGAGAAGCGACUCUCGACCUACAGAGCCCUCGUCGAAGCGAAAAAAGAUGGCCUCGUGAAGAAGAUCGGCGUUUCAAAUUACUCCGGAAAACACAUCGACGAAAUUAUUGACGCUGGAUUAGAGUUGCCUGAUGUCAAUCAAAUUGAGCUUCACCCUUUCUGCCAACAAAGGCCCAUUGUGGAGUAUUGUCGGGCAAAGGGCAUAACGAUACAGGCGUAUUCUCCGCUUGUGACGGGCCGAAUGGAUCAUGAUGUAUUUAGACUGCUUGCAAAGAAGCACGAUAAAGACGAGGCACAAAUCCUCAUUCGGUGGUCGCUGCAAAAAGGAUAUAUCCCCCUUCCAAAAUCUUCACGUCCAGAGCGCAUCAGAUCUAACGCCCAAGUUUUUAACUUCGAGCUGGAUAACGAUGACAUGGAUGCACUUGAUGCACUUGAUCAAGGAGGAGAAGGUGCGGUAACAUGGAAUCCGGUUGAUGAGGCAUGA